CUCGCCAUUGGCCGCUCGGGGGGCGGUGCGUUCCCCGGCUCCCGGUUGGUGGUCCGCGCGCUUGUCAUUUCCGGGUAAGAUGGCCGCAGUGCGUGUGCUCGGGACGUGGAGCCGGAAUGCCGGGCGGCUGAUUUGUGUUCGCUACUUUCAAACAUGUAAUAAUGUUCAUAUUUUGAAGCCAAAGUAUGUGUGUUUCUUUGGUUAUCCUUCAUUCAAAUAUAGUCAUCCACAUCAGUUGCUGCAAACAAGUGCUGCUCUGCAGGGACAGAUUGUUCAAUUCAAACUGUCAGACAUCGGAGAAGGGAUUAGAGAAGUAACUAUUAAAGAAUGGUAUGUAAAAGAAGGAGAUACAGUGUCUCAGUUUGAUAGCAUCUGUGAAGUUCAAAGUGAUAAAGCUUCUGUUACUAUCAGUAGUCGUUAUGAUGGAGUCAUUAAAAAACUGUAUUAUAAUCUAGACGAUAUUGCCUAUGUGGGAAAGCCAUUAGUAGACAUAGAAACGGAAGCUUUAAAAGAUUCAGAAGAAGAUGUUGUUGAAACUCCUGCUGUGUCCCAUGAUGAACACACACACCAAGAGAUAAAGGGCCAGAAAACACUGGCAACUCCUGCAGUUCGCCGCCUAGCAAUGGAAAACAAUAUUAAGCUGAGUGAAGUUGUCGGCUCAGGAAAAGACGGCCGAAUACUCAAAGAAGACAUCCUCAACUAUUUGGAAAAGCAGACUGGAGCUAUAUUACCUCCUUCGCCCAAAGCUGAACUAGUGCCACCUCCACCAACACCAAAAGGCAAAGUUACUCCUAUGCCAGCAUCAAAACCUCCAGCAUUCACAGGCAGAGACAGAACGGAGCCCAUAAAAGGCUUUCACAAAGCAAUGGUCAAGACCAUGUCUGCAGCUCUGAAGAUACCUCAUUUUGGAUAUUGUGAUGAGGUUGACCUUACUGAAUUGGUUAAGUUAAGAGAAGAAUUAAAACCCAUUGCUUUUGCUCGUGGAAUUAAACUCUCCUUUAUGCCCUUUUUCUUAAAGGCUGCAUCCUUGGGACUGCUACAGUUUCCCAUCCUUAAUGCUUCUGUGGAUGAAAACUGCCAGCACAUAACUUAUAAGGCUUCUCACAACAUUGGGGUAGCAAUGGAUACUGAGCAGGGGCUAAUUGUCCCUAAUGUGAAAAAUGUUCAGAUCUGCUCCAUAUUUGAGAUCGCCACUGAGUUGAACCGCCUUCAGAAAUUGGGCUCUAUAGGCCAGCUCAGUACCACUGAUCUGGCCGGAGGAACAUUUACUCUUUCCAACAUUGGAUCAAUUGGUGGUACCUAUACCAAACCAGUGAUACUGCCACCUGAAGUAGCAAUUGGGGCUCUCGGAUCAAUUAAGGCCCUUCCCCGAUUUAACAACAAAGGAGAAGUAUAUAAAGCACAGAUAAUGAAUGUGAGCUGGUCAGCUGAUCACAGAAUUAUUGAUGGUGCUACAAUGUCACGCUUCUCUAAUUUGUGGAAAUCCUACUUAGAAAACCCAGCUUUUAUGCUACUAGAUCUGAAAUGAAGAUUGAUGGGACGUCAAUGAACUUUCUGAUCUUCCAAAGAAUAUGUAGCACCUAACUGUGCAGCACAUGUUCUUCAUCACAAUUUGUAUUAUAAAUGAUUUGUAUUGUAUGAUUAAGGUUCCAAGGCACAAUAUUUACACUGUUCUGUUAGACUUUUUACUGAAAGUGAAUAAUGAUGUAAGAGUUCUCCUAGGGCUGUCACAUUGUAUAGGUCAUGGUGUGACUUCUUAAUAUGGUGCUGAGGUCUUUGUGUCCAUGAAUUGAAAACUAGCAAGAAAAACAAAAUUAAUGUUACUAAAAGACAGACUGCCAUAUCCAGUGUGGAUAUCUAUUUUUUUCCUUUAAUUUUUUAUUUUAGACUGACCUUAAUGAAACAUGUCAGUUACACUUAGUUGGAAAAAGGAAUUUACAUACAGAAGUAUCUUCCAUUUCCCCACAAUAACGCUAACUAUUAUAUAAAAUAAGUGCAAUUACUUAACCUUUUAAGAUACCCACGAUUAUGUUGCUCUGUAGAAAUUAACUGUAAAUGUCUUGUUUAUAUAAAUUAAUAUCUUUUAAAAGGGAAAAUUAUAAGCUGAUCUUAAAAAUGCCCAAUUAUAGGGAUGCGUGGCUGGCCCAGUCUGAAGAGCAUGUGACUCUUGAUCUCAGGGUCAUGAGUUCAAGCCCCAUAUUGGGUAUAGAGCCUACUUAAAAAAAAAGGUAGGGGGGAUGCCUGGGUGGCUCAGCGGUUUGGGCAUCUGCCUUCGGUUCAGGCCGUGAUCCCUGAAUGCCUGGAUCGAGUCCCACAUCAGGCUUCCUGCAUGGAGCCUGCUUCUCCCUCUGCCUAUGUUUCUGCCUCUCUUUCUGUGUGUCUCUUAGAAUAAAUAAAUAAAAUCUUUAAAAAAAAAAGCCCAAUUAUAGUUUUAUGACUAGUAAGGAUAUUAAAAGUGUUUGUUUAAAAUGAA